AUGGAGAUAACACAUGUUAGAGUUAUUCAACCCUAUAUGAAGGCAAUCAAGAUUCGAGCUCGUGUGUCUCGUGUAUGGCUACCUUUUUCAAACAAUCGACGCUCAAUCUUCAACUACAUCUUGAUCAACAUAAAGGAUAAGAAAGUUACCUACAAAGCAAGAAUAAUUGACUAUGAUUUGCAAUGGGGUUGGUGGUACGAAUCUUGCUCUACUUACAACAAGAAACCUAGGAAAUUAGGAAACACAUUUAAUUGCCAAGACUACCCACAAAUGAACAAGGCUCAAAUUCCAUGGAUAUUCCAACAAUUCAAGCUCCUAGCCAGCUCCUCACUAUUCAACCACACUAUUCAGCCACAACUAAUAGCUCUUACCAGCUUUAUUGCUCCAACCUCCUCAUCAAAUCCUUUCUCAAAAGAUCGUCCCACUACUCCUGCAGCCAAAGAAACCAACAUCACUUCCACCCCAAAUCUUCCAUCAUCUCGCACUCUUAAUGGAAUAAAUUCUUAUAACGGGGUAGAUAAUGUGAAGUAUCAUCGGGUCACCUCUCCCACGUCAAUACUGAAGUCCUCUCUAAUCAGAUCAUAA